AUGUUUGCUGUAGAAGAGAUCAACAGGAACACCAAACUUUUACACAAUAUAACCCUGGGAUUCCACAUCUUCAAUACCUAUCACAAUGAUGACAGAACCUUGGAGAGCUCCCUGCGGUGGCUGUCUGGCCAGGGACCAACCAUUCCAAAUUACAGCUGUGAGAAGCAGAGCAAGUCUAUAGUGGUCAUUGGAGGAGCCACCUCAUGUUUGGUUUCUAUUCAGGUCACCUAUGGCCUCUUUGAUCCACUCUUGAGUGACCCAGUCCAGUUUCCUUCUGUCUAUCAGAUGGCCCCCAGGGACACCUCUCUUCCUCUUGCCAUGGUUCAAUUAAUGAUGCAUUUCAAAUGGACCUGGGUGGGAUUGGUUGCCUCAGAUGAUUCAAGAAGUGAGAAUUUCCUCAGGGACCUUCAAGAAGAAAUGGUCAGAAAUGAUGUCUGUGUCGCUUUUAUACACAAGGUCUUUACUGGUUUGACAGAAGAUAAACAUGAUCAUUCUUAUUUUCUCGAAAUGCUAUCUUAUUCUACAGCCAGGGUGAUUGUAAUUUAUGGCAAUACAGAUGCACUACUCACCCUAAGGUUUAGCGAGGUUCCUCAUACCCUUCUAUACAGAAUGUGGAUCACCAGCAGUCACUGGGAUAUUGCCAAAAAACCAGGUUAUAUCUAUUUUGACAAUUUCCACGGAGCUCUGAUAUUCACAGAUCAGACAAGUAAGAUUCCUGGUUUCAAACAUUUUCUGAAAACCAUUAACCCUGCCAAAGACCCAGAGGAUAUCUUCCUUCAGAACUUCUGGAACUCAGCUUUUGGAUGUACAUCUGAAAUUGGAAAAGGAGAUGGAGCUGUCUGUUCACCAAAUGCUUCCUUGGACACACUGAGAUUGAGCUAUUUAGACAUAACUAUAUCUGACCAGAGUUAUACUGUUUAUAAUGCUGUGUAUGCUGUAGCCUGGGCCCUUCAUGAAAUGUUCUUGGUGAGAUCAGAAAUGGAAUCCAAUAGAAAUGGGAACAACUCAGGUACUUAUGCCUGGAAGGUAAGAUCUCCCCUUUAGGUACUGAUUUUCAAAUAUCUGACUGUGGGUACUGUCUCUCCAGGAAAGAGAGAUAAGAUGAAUAAUACAGAUCUUCUCAUCUGUCAGUGACUAACUCUAUAGAUUCAAAGCCUAAUAUGCCAUU